AUGGCGGAUAGAUCGUUUGCCGAUCGUGUUGUGCUACCUGUCACUGCUGCAAUUUAUAGAAAAAAAAACAAAAAAAAAAAACAAGAAAAACCAGCAGUGCGUUGGUCCUUUGAAAUGGUAAUCGGGGACGAAAGUGACAAGAUGUUGUUUGAUUUUACUUUUCGAGUUAUAGAAGGAUUUGGAAUCGCAGAUCGGUGUAGAGCUAAACAUACCAACAGAAAAAUUCCAGUACACGAACUGCUACUAGUGUCACCCACCAGGCGCGAAGAAAGGCUUCAUAAAAGGAGAAGCGCUCAGGCCUCUAAGGACUAA